AUGCUUCCGGUUACAUUGAAGGGUGCUGCAAAAGAUUGGCUCAAGUCACUUCCCCCCGGACCCAUCACUACAUGGGCCAAGAUGAAAGAAGAGUUUCUUGAUCAAUUUUUCCCACCUUCCAAAAUAGAUAAGUUAAAGAAAGCCAUAGCCAACUUUGAGCAACAAGCUGGAGAAUCACUUUAUGAAGCUUGUCAACAAGAAGUCUCCAUUUUCUAUGAUGGAGUGAAUGUUACAACAAGGCAAUUACUUGACACACAAGGCCCACUCACGAAGAAAGCACCCCCGGUGAUAAAGCAACUAAUUGAGGAAUUCUCUAAGCAUUCUAGGGAAUACCACAACCCAAGGAAUGAUGUGACGAGGGGGGCAGCUUAUGCAGCUUCAGAAGAUUUGCCAGCAGUCAUGGCUAUGUUGAAAACCAUGGAUAGGAGGAUGGAUAAAAUGGAUCAAAUAAUACAUGCUAUUCAGGUGGUUUGUGAGAAUUGCAAUGGACCUCAUCUUACUAGAGACUGUGACUUAGACGAGAAUGGGAACAAGAAGAUGCAAAAAGCUAAGGAGGAGAAGUAUAAACAAAAAGGAAGAGGGUUUUACCAAAAGGAGAAGCUGGUGCAAGAAAGAAAACCAAGUUUGGAGGAUAUACUUACUAAAUUUGUAGCUGCUUCAGAAAAGAGACACAAUGAUCAUGAUGCUGCAAUACAAGAGACAAGAACAAUACUUAGAAAUCAGCAAGCAUCUAUCCACAACAUUGAGACACAGCUGGGGCAACUUGCCCAACAAAUAAAUCAAAGGUCACUGGGAGAACUUCCUAGUAAAACCGAAAACAACCCACGAGGCGCACAUAUAAAUAUUGUGACAACUAGAAGUGGGCAGAUAAUUACCCCUCUGGCGCCUGUUUAG